CACAGAGAAAGAGAGAGAGGGAGGGAGGGAGAGAGAGGGCUGCUAUUACUAGUGACAGAAAACGGCAGCAAGCACAUACAGUCUGGAGAGCAGCUGAUGCGGCAAGAUGCUGAGCGUCGCCUUGCUGUGUGUGUGCGCCGUCGCCUUUGGACACGUCUCCGCUCGCUCAGACAGCGGCAAUUUUUUGGACGAUAAGUGGCUCGCUGGGAGAUGGGAUAAAUUCAGAGAUGAAGUGGAGGAGCCUGGAACAUGGAUUCCAUCCAAGCCCUUCGAUCAAGGUCUUGAUCCAACCAAAGACCCCUGUCUGAAGAUCAAAUGCAGUCGCCACAAGGUGUGUGUGGCUGAGGAUUAUAAGACUGCCACUUGUGUCAGCCAGAGGAGAGUUAGUUUUAAAGAUGCUAAUUUGUACCAGAGUCCAGGGUCAAAGUGCAAACCCUGCCCUGUGGUUCAUCCCUCUCCUGUCUGUGGAACUGAUGGCCACACCUAUUCCACCAAGUGUAAGUUAGACUACCAGGCAUGCAUAUCAGGAAAGAAGAUCGCUGUGAAAUGCUCCAGCAUGUGCCCUUGUCCCUCUCGGACUGAACAGAGCUCUGCAGAGAAGAAAGUAUGCAGUGAGUCUGACCUGAAGGAGAUUGUGAGCCGUCUGAGAGACUGGUUCCGAGUGCUGCAUGAGAACGGCAACCACAAGAGAGUCAAGAUCCAGAAGCCAGAGAAGAACAAGUUUGAAGUCGGGGCAUCACCUGUUUGCAAGGACCCUCUGGGGUGGAUGUUCUCCCGCUUGGACACAAACUUUGACCUCCAGCUGGACCAAUUAGAGAUCAAGAGCCUCUACCUGGACAGGAACGAGCCAUGCUCUGAUGCAUUCUUCAAAUCCUGUGACACGCAUGCUGACAAAGUUUUAACCAGCUCUGAGUGGUGUAUAUGCUUCCAGAGGUACACAGAUUCCCCUUGUAAAGCAGAACUGACCAGUAUCAACAAAAAGCAAGCGGGGAAGAAGUUGCUUGGUCAGUAUCUUCCAUCCUGUGAUGAGGAAGGUUACUACAGGUCACAUCAGUGUCACAGCAGCAGUGGACAGUGCUGGUGUGUGGAUCGUUAUGGCAACGAGGUGGCUGGUUCACGCACCCAUGGCCCCGCAGACUGCGGUGUGAUUUUGGAGUCUUCUGGAGACCUUGGCAGCGGAGACUCUCUCUUCACUGACGAUGAUGAAGAUUCAUUUGUCCUCACCGACCAGGGGUGGGAUGGGCCGGACGAUGAGGACGAUGAAGAUGAGGAUGGUGACGAUGAUAACGAUGAAUAUCUGUCGUAACUUUAAAAAGAAAACAAAAUAAAAAAGAGAAAAUCG